ACUCUGUAUCAUCUCAAAAAAACCACCGAGGACAGAGCAGUAAACAUGUCUUCCCCAGCAAAGCGCAGAACAACGAGAAGCUCUCAAUCAGCUACUCCCCGCACCACUCGCAGCUCGCAGGCUGGUCCUUCGAGCGCAACUCCUCGCCAGACACGCGCAUCACAGCUUGCCUCUAGUCCCUUAUUCUACGAGCCCUCCUCGCCUGCCAAUGGCGCCAACCCGGUCUCUUCUCCCUUGAGGCAGAUGAGCAAUACCCAGAGCACUGCCCACCAAGGCAAUGCGCCGAGCUCGCCUUUGCGCCAGCAGACAGAGACCCAGAGCGAUGCCGACCGAACUCCUCGCGCAAAUGGACGGAGCCAGUUAAUUGGGGACUCCUCUCCCAUCCGCUAUGCCUCCAGUUCUAGCCCGGGCCGUCAGCUUACUCAACAGUCCGAUCUUCGUAGCGAAAGCAGUCAGCUCUUCGUCAGCUCGCAAAGAUCCGUUACCGGUCGAUCCCGUCGAGGCGACAUCAACGGGGACCCUCUACGUACUCCCGCCCAGAUUCCCCGCCGAAUUAUCCUCGACGACGCCGGUCGUGUGAUCCGCGAUGCCCCUGGCUCCGAUGCCAACUCGUUUGUCACCAAUAAUCCCAAUACCUCCGAGGCAGAUGCCCUUGGUGGACAAAGCCAAGGUCUUGUUUGGGGUACCACCAUCUCUCUAGACGAUUCGUUCUUCGCGUUCAAGGACUUUCUCAGGAACUUCACCAGGAAAUACCGGAUGUGGGCAGAUGGCGCGGACGAGGCCGAGACUAUUGGCCAUCCGGAUGCGGAUUCGAAGCCAUAUUGGGAGGCACUGGAGAACAUGCUGCUGCUUGGUACCAACAAGCUGUAUCUGGAUCUCCGCGACCUCAAGUCCUACCCGCGCACCUUGAAGUUAUGGCAUCAGGCCCAACACUAUCCUACCGAAAUCAUUCCGGUCAUGGACCAGUGCGUACAUGAUUGUAUGAUGGAGUUGGCGCAAAAGGAAAUGGCCAGCCAAAGAGCAUCCCAAAACUCUAGGACCGCUCCAGGUGCCUCACAAAGCUCGGAGCCGAACUUCCCAAGCUCUGAAAGGAGCGAGGAACCGCCCACCCCGCGGCCUGCCCAAACAGCGGCGCCCACAAUUGAGGACCAAGUCAGCCAGAUGGCGUAUGUGGUUCGCCCUUGGGGUCUUGACAAGAUCACCAACCUUCGUGACCUCAACCCAUCUGACAUGGACAAGCUUGUGUCCAUCAAGGGUCUUGUCAUCAGAACCACGCCGGUCAUCCCCGACAUGAAGGAUGCAUUUUUCAAGUGCAGUGUUUGUGGUCAUUCUAUAACCGUUCAGUUAGAUCGUGGCAAGAUUCGUGAGCCUACAGAGUGUCCUCGGGCUCGCUGCGCCUCCAAGAACUCAAUGCAGAUCAUCCACAACAGAUGUGCUUUCGAAGACAAGCAAGUCAUCAAGCUACAAGAAACUCCGGAUAACGUGCCUGCUGGUCAGACACCCCACUCGGUAUCUGUUUGCGUCUAUAACGAGCUUGUGGACUUUUGCAAGGCCGGUGACAGAGUUGAGCUCACUGGUAUCUUUAAAGUCACCCCCGUUCGUGUCAACCCGCGCAUGAGGACGGUCAAGAGCGUGCACAAGACAUAUGUUGAUGUUGUCCAUGUACAAAAGGUCGACCGCAAGAGGAUGGGUUCUGAUCCCUCGACCCUCGACCUCGCCGAGGAGGAGGAAGCCCAUGCUAAUGGCCAGAGCAUGGACGAGGUCCGAAAGGUCUCCCCUGAUGAGGAAGAGAGGAUCAAGGAAACUGCCGCUCGACCGGAUAUCUACGAUCUCCUUUCACGUUCUUUGGCUCCAUCAAUCUACGAGAUGGAUGAUGUGAAGAAGGGUAUUCUUCUUCAACUGUUCGGAGGCACGAACAAGAUCUUUGAGAAGGGUGGAAGCCCCAAAUACCGUGGAGACAUCAACGUUCUCCUUUGUGGUGACCCAUCCACUUCCAAGUCCCAGCUCCUCUCCUAUGUUCACAGAAUCGCCCCAAGAGGCGUGUACACGAGUGGUAAAGGUUCUUCUGCCGUGGGUCUUACCGCCUAUGUUACACGCGAUCCCGAGUCCCGCCAACUCGUUCUAGAGUCCGGUGCUCUCGUCUUGUCCGACGGCGGUGUCUGUUGUAUCGACGAGUUCGACAAGAUGAACGAAUCGACCCGUUCCGUUCUUCACGAAGUCAUGGAACAACAGACCGUGUCCGUCGCCAAGGCCGGCAUCAUCACCACUCUCAACGCCCGAACAUCAAUCCUGGCGUCUGCCAACCCCAUUGGUAGUAGAUACAACCCUGAUCUAUCAGUGCCGCAAAAUAUCGACCUCCCGCCAACCCUUCUAUCCCGUUUCGAUCUAGUCUACCUCAUCCUCGAUCGUGUUGAUGAGAAGAAUGAUCAGCGUCUGGCCCGCCAUUUGCUCUCCAUGUAUCUCGAAGACAAGCCCGAGAGUGCCCAGCAGGCCAACGACGUCCUUCCCGUCGAGUUUCUAACCUCCUACAUCUCGUACGCCCGCUCGCACAUCCACCCGGCCCUCACGCCCGAAGCCGGUCGCGAGCUCGUCGAUGCCUACGUCGAGAUGCGCAAGCUGGGCCAAGACGUGCGUGCCGCCGAGAAGCGCAUUACGGCCACCACGCGUCAGCUCGAGUCCAUGAUUCGCUUAGCCGAGGCGCACGCCAAGAUGCGUCUAUCUCAAACCGUCACGCGCGACGACGUCCGCGAGGCCGUGCGCCUCAUCAAGUCGGCGCUCAAGACCGCCGCCACCGACAGCCAGGGCCGCAUCGACAUGAGCUUGUUGACAGAGGGCACGAGCGCGGCGGAGCGCCAGCGCAAGGCCGACAUGAAGGAUGCGGUUAUCCGCCUGCUGGAUGAGAUGACCAGCGGUGGACAGGUAGUUAGGUACUCGGAGGUGGCGAGACGGCUGGGCGAGGGGGCGGGUGUGCAGGUUGAGCCGGCUGAGUUUGCGGAGGUUAUGAGGGCUCUGGAGAUGGAGGGUGCUGUUAUGGUGACGGGUGAGGGUGCAAGAAAGAGCAUAAGGAGGGUUACGGCUACUAUUUAGAGUUGAGGAUCAAGAGGAUCGGAGUUGGAUGGUGUGAAAAGGAUUUGAUGAUAUCUUCAAAUGAUUGGGGUUCUACGUAGUUACGGUAUGCUACAAGUUGUCAUGAGCUCUGUCGCAUGGAAGUUUUGUAUCUUUUUCAGUAUAAUACCACGGUGUUCGCUUGACUGU